UUCUUUCAUAACAGGUACCUGUCAAAGAUGUCCGUUUAUGACAACAGUGAGCAAGCUGUCUUUGUGCUACUUGGUGAAGCUGGUCGUGAGCUGACUGGGAAGCCAGCAUCAGAGUUAGUCAGAAGCUAUUUUGAGGCUAAUGGGAACGAAGGAGUUAACCUUGAGGCGCCUGUUCCGGAAGCUCUAAUCAGCACCAUCGGUCAGAAGCAUAAGUUUUGUGUCAAAGUUAUAGAGCAUAACUUUUCAGGUAAGACCCGAUCUCUUACCGUGACCAAAAUCCUCCCACUAGACACUUCACCAGCCACAGUGUCUUCGGAAGAUAACCAGACUACUGCGACGUCUAAGGAGACAUCCGAAAACCGUGUGGAUUCAGCAGAUGGGAGUAAGAGAACCUGUGACAGUUCUGAGCUGGAGAGAGCUAAACGCCCUAAGUGUGGGAACUAGGGUUCUCGUGACACUUCUCAGAGAUUGCAACUUCUAUUCAGUUUACGUGUUUAUCUCCUUUACAAUUGCAUGCAUGGUUUUUUUUUUAAUGUCUUUGAAUUAUGAGAGUUUUUUCCUGGACUAUGGUUUCUCUCAUUUUGAAUUAUCAGAGUUUUUUUAAGAAUCAUUUGUUAUCAAAUAUCAGAGUGUUUAAAUAAUUUGGGUCAACAUGCUAUUUUUUACUUAUUUUCAUUUGAUUGACUUAAAUCCAACGAAUAGUAUGAAUAUAUUCCCAUAUCGCAAAUCCAUAAGGUUUAUAACAAACCCAUCUGGUCCGUAAAUACAUUAGGAUUUACUUACUAAAAUUAGAAAAUAACGUUAAUGUCAAACACAAUUAUUAAAUGUGUUUUCCUUCACUAACGUAAAAAAUAUUCCCAUAUCUCAAUCACUUUAGUAUCUUUCCUAAACCUUUCUACUAAAGAAUUAAACAAAACCUUUUCUACUUCCAUCUCCAUAUUUGAUUAUCAAAACGCUCUGUAACAUUUUUCUUCCCCUUCUCUGUUCUUCCUUAGGUCCU